AUGAAUAUCGUCGAAUGGGCCUUCGGGAAGCGUAUGACGCCGGCAGAAAGACUACGCAAACACCAGAGAGCUCUAGAGAAGACACAAAGAGAGCUCGACCGUGAGCGAGUAAAGCUCGAGAAUCAAGAGAAGAAGCUCGUUCAAGACAUAAAGAAGAGCGCAAAGAAUGGGCAAAUGGGAGCCUGUAAAAUCCAAGCAAAAGAUCUGGUCAGGACGAGGAGAUACAUACAAAAAUUCUACUCCAUGCGCACCCAACUACAAGCUAUAUCCCUCCGCAUCCAAACUGUGCGCUCCAACGAGCAAAUGAUGCAAAGCAUGAAAGGCGCCACCUCCCUCCUCGGAUCCAUGAACCGGCAAAUGAACCUCCCUGCUCUACAACGCAUAGCCAUGGAAUUCGAAAAGGAAAACGACAUCAUGGAUCAAAGACAAGAGAUGAUGGACGAUGCGAUAGACGACGUGACCGGGUUAGAGGAUGAGGAGGAAGGAGAGGAGGUGGUGAAGGAGCUACUUGAUGAGAUUGGGGUGGAUUUGGGCCAGGCGAUGGGCGAAACACCCUCCGGCCUCCGGAAGACCGCAGUCUCAGACGGCCGAGUCGCAGAAGCUAUAGGCGGGGGAGGAGGAGGAGGAGGAGGACCAGGUGGCGGUGGAGGUAGUACAGACGAUGAUGAUCUCCAAGCUCGAUUGGAUAGUCUACGGCGAUAG